AUGCAGGUCCAGAAGGUUUGGGCGCAGUAUUACUGCAGCUGCAAGGGGGAAAAGUGGAGAGCGGUUUCGUAUGCUUUAAGGAAUCUGACCGAAGUGGAGAGACGCUAUGCCCAGACUGAAAAAGAGGCAUUGGCUCUUGUCUGGGCAUGCGAAAGAUUCAACCUUUAUGUGUACGGUCGUGAAUUUCAAUUGGAAACAGACCAUAAACCGUUACAAUGCAUUUUUGGGAAGUCGUCGAAGCCAUCAGCAAGGAUUGAGCGUUGGGUCCUCCGUUUACAGUGCCAUCAUUAUAACGUUGUCUACCGCCCUGGUAACACGAAUAUCGCAGACGCGUUGUCGAGGCUAAAUCAACCAAAUCCUAAGGAUCUUAGUAGAGAAACGGAGGAGAUGAUACGGCUUGUGGUACAAGAAAGUACACCGGUAGCCUUGACACCAAGAGAAUUCGAAAGAGAGUCGGAUAAAGAUCCGGAAUUGUCAAGUGAACGUCACUAUAUUCAAACGGGCGACUGGUCACAUUGUAAGAUGCCAAGUUAUCUUUAUGUAAAGAAUGAACUGUGUGUGAUUGGGAAGCUGGUGCUUCGCGGAGACAGAAUUGUAAUACCUCAAAGUCUGCGAGAAAAAGUCCUAAAGUCCGCCCAUGAGGGGCACCAGGGCAUUGUAAAGACAAAAAGUCGUUUGAGAACAAAGGUAUGGUGGCCAAAAUUAAAUGUUGAUGCUGAGAAAAUUUGCAAAUCGUGUCGUGGAUGCCAAGUUGUGGGGCAAUUCAGUGUUCCAGAACCUAUGAUGAGAACCGAACCACCUAUGGGGCCUUUGCAAGACAUUGCGAUAGACCUGAUGGGUCCGAUGCCCACAGGAGAAAGUUUGUUAGCAGCAGUGGAUUACUAUAGUAGGUUCUAUGAAGUCGUUGUUAUGCGCUCAAUAACACCUCAAAGGGUGAUUAGUGCCCUAUCUGGUAUCUUUGCGAAAUUUGGUUUUCCACACUCUCUAAGUCGGAUAAUGGUCCUCAAUUUGUGUCUGAAGAAUUUCGAAGAUACCUGCGGGAAAAUGGAAUAAAACAUAGAAAAUCCCCACCACUAUGGCCUCAGGCAAAUGGGAAGUGGAGCAGCAAAAUCGAACACUUUUGAAAGCAUUAAAAGUAGCAAAAGCAGAGGGAAAGAAGUGGCAAGAAGUAUUACCAAAAUUCCUCUUAGCAUAUCGCAGCACACCACAGGUUAACACUGGAGCGACACCAGCAUAUUUGAUGUUCGGGAGAGAAUUGAAGACGAAACUUCCUGAGUUAAGGCGCCAAGACAGCAUCCUAAAUCAAGCAAUAAAAGAGCGUGAUUGGAGCCAGAAACUAAACCAGAAAGCUUACGCUGAUUACAAGAACAAAGCCUCUAAUAAUCCAGUAGCGCCUGGUGAUCAAGUUUUGUUAAAAAAUACUAAAACAACCGGAAAGUUGGCUCUUAAUUACAACAACGAGCCAUAUACAAUGGUGACAAAAGAGGGACAUGAACUUAUGCUUCAAUCAAAGGAUGGAGAAAUAUACCGAAGGGACAGUUCAUUUGUGAAACCGUUCAAUUCACCAGAUGAAUUGGAUUUGCCAAGUGCUAGUGAGGAAUGUACUAGUGUUGAUUUAAGUGAAAAACCUGACACUGUCACAGAAUAUGACAGACCUAAACGUGUGAUUAGGCUACCCAAUAAACUGAGAGAUUAUAUUGUGGAGAAGACGACAAAAUAAACUCUGUACACUACAGUAGGUAGUGGAGACGAUUUUGAUAUUACAGUACAAUGAACAGGAAUAUCUGUUAGAGAUUUAACAUUGACAUCGUUUACUAUGAACUUUUAGAAUUUGAACAUUAAUUUAAUGAUUUAUAUUUAGCGUUAAUCUUUAAUUGAGAAAGGAAGGGAUGUAGUGUUUUGACAUUUGAAGUUCAAGAAAAGCAAGGAACUAAAAGUGGAAACAUCAUUUAAGUGAAGCAUCACGGGAGUGUGUUACAUGUGGACUAUAUAUUGGGCUAAGUAGUUUUGUGUUGUAAAAAAGCAAUAAAAUUAAAAGCAAUCGAGCAAGUAAACGAGGUAGAAUAGUACACUAAUGUAUUUAACUUUUAAUUUUAAACAUUGAAACCGUUACGGUCGACACAAAUUGGCUUCUCACCUUGAGUUGUAUUCGAGUUUGCUUCCUUGUUUAUAUCACUGAUUCCUAAAUGUUGACGGCGUUAUUCGACACGACACUCAUUGCAUAAUUAUCGGUCCACUCAAGUCGGGGCCGUUCAUAAUACGACAAAUUUAAGAGUUUCAUCCCUUGUCACGCAUUUAUAUGUUGCCGCCCCCUAUUUCAAAUCCCGCGCAUAUCCUGCGAACGGGCUGUCAGGUUCGAAAGGCGGUGCUUUUAUAUAAGCUAAUAAUAGAUCUUAAAUAAAUAAAAAAAACAUACAAAUGCAAAUCAACUUAUAUGUUGUUAUUAUAUGUUCGACUAUAGGAGUAUUAUUGUUAUUAUAUGACAUAUUAUUUUAACAUGUUUUAACAACAUAUUACAACAUAUUUUAACAACAACUGUGCCAAAUUAUUUUAACUUUCUUUGUAUAUAUUGUUAUAUUAGCUUAGUACACGGCCCUCAUGAAAAGCAGGUAUUAUAUUUUCUAUUAAGCGUGGUUCUACUUUUGUAUUUAUCUAAUUUAGUUUGUUGCAUGUUAAAUCCUGAUGAGAAUACCGUGUGUAAAUAAAGUUUUAAUAAUAAUAAUAAUAAUAAUAAUAAUAAUAAUAAUGUUGUGAAAUAAUUCAAUUAAAACAGAGAUCAACGCUUGGGCUGUCUGUGGUAAUUUUACAGUAAAAAGUAGUUUUAAAUCUUUCCGUAAGAUUUAAAAUAUCCGUGUCAGUCCGUAGGCACUACCAACUCCCAAAACAUCCAUCGUCAUGAUCGCAUACGUUUUCAUUUCGUCCAAAGGUUGAUAAUAAUCUUCCAAUUUUGGUAUCCGUUGUGACGCUGAAUCGUCCAUGAGUCGCGUAAAAUUUCUUAAAUCUUCCAGCGCUCUUUUUGUUUCCUCCUUGUUAGCAUCCAGGAUCUCGGCUCGACAUCGGGCUUCGUCGUUCCUGCGCUUUACUUCAGAUUCAUAAAAUUUUUCUUUUCCUUUCGCAAGUUUUUCCAGUGCUUGGUUAUGUCUUUUCACUUCUUACUUGUAUCCUUGUCCGUUUAAUUUCGAGAAAAGAAAUCCGGCCCCGGCAAAGGCCACGGCAUUAAAUAAUCCUCCAACUACAACGGAUGUCAUUUUUUAUUUAUCGAUCAUUUUGGGAAUAUAUCUGUAACGAAUUAUGUAAAUAUGACGUAGAAAUAAUUCAUGAUGUAAAUAUGAGGUAGAUGCAAAUUAAUUCGAUUGCCAUAAAAAGGGGCAACCAUGUGCUAAUAUCGGAGAGAGCCAUGAAAGCUUAGCGAAGAGAAGUGGCACGUGGAACAGGUGGGACAUUUGUCUGAGCAUGCGCGAGCAAAAUGAGCCACGCAAUUGCGUGGAAUACACGCAACGCGCGUUUUCAAAAAGGCACAAUCAUGUAAAUAUUGCCAAAUGUUUGUACAAAAUAAAUUACUGUUUUAUGUUGAAAAUGGACAUGAUCUACAUUAAUCAUACAGAAUUUUUUAGUGACGUUCUAUUUCAGUACCCUGCCAUUGUCUCUGGUGGGCUCUCCGUGUGAAUUCGAUCUCAAACAGUUGCGCUACUUUGCUGUCGAAAAAUUUCGAAUGUUUACAUGAAAAUAGAGGCAAGUCAUGCAUUUUACAACCUCGUAAACUGUAUGAGCCCUAUUUUUACGCUUAUACCUAAGAUAUCAAAUAAAAAUACAUGAAACAGAAAACAUUUUUAGAAAUUUUUAUCGUGAGGCCACGACCAGUUUUUAAAACAUCUUUAUUUCUGUUCCGGUUAUCACCAAAAUUACACUAAAGCCGGGCUUGCAUAUACAACAGUAGUAUAGAGAGUGGGGGUUCUACGACGGGCGGUGCGGGCGAUGCACUUAGCACCGCCCAUGACGUCACCAUUUCUUAAGUAUUUUAAUUUAUUCAGAUUUACGUUAAUUUGUUCGAGCUUUAUCCUUGAUAUUUUUAAACCGCGGCCGUUUAUUUACCUAUAGUUUUUACCUGGCUACUUCGCUGCCGUUUGUUUAUCUACAGCUUUUUUUAGUUUAAUUUUAGCUACUGUGAUGCCGUUUGUUUUUCUACAGAGUACAGUUUAUAUUUGGGAUUACUUCAUUGCUCUACAGUUUAUAUUCUGCCUACUUCGUUGCCGUUUGUUUAUCUACAGAGUACAGUUUAUAUUUGGGAUUACUUCAUUGCUCUACAGUUUAUAUUCUGCCUACUUCGUUGCCGUUUGUUUAUCUACAGUUUAUAUUUACAGCUAUUGCGAUGCC